CAGGAGAGGUAUGAAACGCAGCACUCUGAGGCAGUCAGGCAGAUCUCAACUCUAGAAGGAGACCUGGCAGAGACCACAGCCAUCAAAGACCAACUGCACAAGUAUAUCCGGGAGUUAGAGCAAGCUAACGAUGACCUGGAAAGAGCUAAGAGGGCGACUAUAAUGUCACUUGAGGACUUUGAGCAGAGAAUGAAUCAUGUUAUAGAGAGAAAUGCCUUCCUUGAGAGUGAGCUUGAUGAAAAAGAGAAUCUUCUAGAAUCAGUACAGAGAUUAAAAGAUGAAGCCAGAGAUUUAAGACAGGAACUGGCUGUUCAGCAGAAACCGGAGCGCAAGUCAUCAAUCAGCCUUUCUAAAGAUGUAGAGAAGCCAGAGGCCACACCCUCCAGACCCUCCUCUGUUGUUACCUCCGCUCUCCCAUCUCUCCAUGCCACACCCUCCAGACCGCCAGGCUCAAGGAGUGCAUUUAACACCCCCUCAGCUUCCUACAGCAGAAUUGAAGGCCUGACUGGAACUCCUCUCACCACAUCUGCACGUAUAUCUGCCCUCAACAUCGUUGGAGAACUGUUGAGGAAAGUUGGGUACUUGGAUAUAUACUACGACACAUAA